AUGCCGACCAACACCCGAGCGUUCAUCACCUCGCUAUUUUACCGCCGGAGACUGAGAUACGUGGCGCACCGCCGAAAAAACGGCCCGAUUACCCUCGCAAAGCGCUACAUAGCACGACGUCUCUGUGCACGGCGCCGUAAGCAUCAUCCCUCGCUCUCGCUCGCCGAGGUCCCACUUGAUAUCCUACAUCUGGUCUUCGGACUACUCCCUCUCGCAUCUCAGGCAUGCCUGGCCCUCACCUGCAAACCACUGUACGCGCUCUUUGGGCACGUCCUGGCGGAUGAAAGCCUCGCGUGGCCGAGGCAGCCGAGGACCAUAUGGGACUUGAUGAUUUGCGGGGACCCGGAUUUUCCGCGCAACCAGCUCGUUCUGUUGCUCGAAGAUGGAUAUUGGGUAUACUGCUCAAGGUGCUUGAAAUUGCAUCCGCGAUUGCGGUUUACUUCGUCCAAACGGGCAGCCGAGGGGGGCGACAGAUGGUGCAAGUAUAUGGCACGUGUCCUGGAUCUAUGUCCCUGUGUUGCCUUGACUUUCUACGACAAGGUCCGCCUGGAGGAAUGCCUCCGCAAGGGAACGAUGAACCCAGAUCUCCCCCCCAGCAUUCGACAUGCAUUCCGACUUUGCACCUACCAGCGCCAGCGAUGUCUGUUGCAUGAGUGUGCGAUGUACGAUUAUGAGAGCAUGUUUGUCAGUCUCAAAACAAGAAUCAUCCUCCAAGGGCGGCAUAGCAUUGUCCUGAAAUCCACUUAUCAUCUCUACUUCAAUCUCCCGCCGCGAUAUCCGAGAACGAAUGAGUUUCACUACAGCGACGAAGAAUCCGCCGUCCAUCAAAUGGAGCCCCUGCCAAUCUGUCCGGAUCUGAACGUUCUCGAUAGUUUAUUCGGAACUAGUACGCCCGAGAACGGCUGUCUUCUCUGCGGUACUGAGAUCGUUCAGAUAGGAAUGACGGUCGAUGGAUCGUUUACUGUGGUCGAGUGCAGCCGGAACAUAGGUGGGAAAGAUAGUUGGAUUAAAUUCAGUUUGGGUGGACGGCGGUAUCCCAACGUGGACUUUCGGAACGGGUACCUUCGCCAUAGUGGCUGUAUCUUGGAGAGUAGGUCUAAGAUUCCAGAGCUGCCCGCCGGUCUCGAGUUGUCAUGCCCUUUAGCGGUCCGAUUAUCUCUAUCAUGGCUGACUUUCCACCCGGCGAGGCAUUCGAUGAGCUCAUCUGAUGACAGAGGAGGGGGGAAUAUGGGGAAGACUGUGAUCAUUCUUGAUGAUGCUGGCGACGCUGAGCGCUUUGCUUAGGCGAGGGAAUGAAGACCGGCAAGACAGUACAGUAUCUCGGCUCUCUGGACUAAGUAAUUGCUUCCUGGUAUUUUUCAUUAUCCACG